UCUCUCGAGUUUUUCGUAUUAUAAUUUGUAUUGAUAAAACAUAACCAAAAAAAUACUGAUCGUUCUUGAUCGCCGAUCGGCAUUCGGCGUAGCCUUGAAUUCUUAAGUAAGUUAAUUCUCAAAUUCAUAUUAUUUAAUUAUUUAUUAAUUUGACUGUGGUAUACUCGUAAGACUUCUCAACAUUUUCAUAAGUUCUAUACAAGUUGACUUGUAGGUACAUUUAGUUUACAUUGCUGCAUGUUUCACCAUUGAUGAACGAAAUCUUCCAAUUAUUUAGGGAACUUGGUGUGGGAUUGAUGCUCACAACUUACGCGUCAAACACGGAUACAGGAAUCAAUACGGAUACAUAAUCACUGAGCUGAGUUGCUGUCUUAUCAUAUUAAAUUGUUAACUUCGACAGUGUGUUUUUCGUUGUACAGUUUUUCUACUGUGGAGAAUAUAGUAAAUCAACCUAACCUUUAUUCUUGAAGAAUCAAAUAUUUAUGAACAGUUAUUUACCACCUUCAGAAAAGAAAAUGUUCAGUUUAGAGGGCGACGAUAAAGCCAAUAGAGGAAUGUUAACCAGUUUUCCAUCAGUUCCAUCUCCAUAUUUAAACUAUGACCCUCAACUUCUACCUCAGUCAUCUCAGCCAGAAUAUAUAUUUCUGGAAGGAGCUGGUUCCAAGCAACGUGGGCGUUUUGAAUUGUCAUUUACAGAAAUUGGUACAUCAUGUUUGAUUGGUGCUACAAUUGGUGGCAUACGUGGAAUAUACAGUGGUAUAAAAAUGACAUCUAUGGAAAAUCAAACUAGUACAUACAAUAGAACACAGAUCUUAAAUAGUGUUUUUAAAAAUGGAGCCCGUUUGUCUAAUACAUUUGGAACAUUAUCUGUAUACUAUAGUAUCUUUGGUAUCAUAUUAGAAAAAACCCGGGGAUGUGAAGAUGAGCUUAAUACAAUCGUAGCAGGAACAAGCACUGGACUUUUAUACAAAGCUACAAGUGGUCUUAGAAGAUGUGGUAUUGGUGGUUUAAUUGGAUUCAGUCUUGCUACAGCAUUCAGUCUGAUUACAUCAAGAGAUAAAAUUAAAGAAAUGGGCAAAAACGUAUUUCAUUCCUAAAAAUGUUUACCAAAAUAUAAUGUUUGCAAAAAUAAAUGUUCAUAAUAGUUUUUUA